GGGGAUGGACAACAAAAGAACGAAGAACAAAAGCAGUCCAAAGAAAAGACUUUGUCGAGGGAGGGAGGGAGGCCCGUUCAGAAAUCCACAGAGCAGGAUCGGUCAAGCUUCGAAGCCUUGUGCUUCCAUGGGGCGACCGGAGAGCGGCCACGGCCACGGCCACCAAGCGUCGUCGGAGAUGUACGUGCCUCGGUCGAUGCAGGUGUGGAGGGGCCUCCUCAACUGGCUCGCCUUCUUCCUCCAAAUCUUCCUCCAGAUCCUGCGCGGCACCCCUUCCCUCGCCCAGUUCCUCUCCUACAUCGGCCUCCGCCAAUCCUUCCUCUCCGCUCCCUCCCACUCCUCGCCGCCGCCGCCGACGCCGCCUUCUUGUUCUCCGCCGUUCAAGCCCUUGCCCGUCGUCGAGAUUCCACUACAGGAUUCCUGCCCUCCCGAGCACGCCGGCUCCGACAGCGACGGGAGCGUCGCCGGCGAUGAUCUCGUCGCCGUCGAGAAGCUCACGAUUGUUCUCGACUUAGAUGAGACUCUAGUGUGUGCAUAUGAAACAUCUAGCUUGCCCGAGAUUAUCCGUGCUCAAGCAAUAGAAGCUGGAUUGAAGUGGUUUGAGUUGGAAUGUGUAUCUUCUGACAAGGAUUGUGAUGGGAAACCAAAAGUGAACUACGUAACGGUAUUCGAACGCCCUGGUUUGCAUGAGUUCUUGGAAAGGAUUGGUGAAUUUGCGAACCUUAUUUUAUUUACUGCGGGUCUUGAAGAUUACGCCAGACCGCUUGUUGACAGAAUAGACAAAGACAAACUGAUUGGAGAACGUCUUUAUCGCCCUUCGACCGUCAGCACGGAAUAUAGGGAACAUGUGAAGGAUCUAUCUUUUUUAUCAAAAGAUAUGUGUCGGAUAGUUAUUGUGGACAACAACCCAUUUAGCUUUUUGCUGCAACCAUUGAAUGGAAUACCAUGUGUCCCGUUCUCAGCUGGACAGCCAUAUGAUGAUCAGCUUUUGGAGGUUCUCCUUCCUCUACUCAAGCACCUUUCUCUGCAAAGAGACGUACGGCCAGUCUUGUAUGAGAGAUUCCGCAUGCCCGAAUGGUUUCAAAUGCACGGUAUUCCUGCCCGUGGUAACAGUGUUUGAUUCAGAAUUCGAGAAAUCAUCUUAUAGGAGUGGAGACUCUGAUUCAUCUUUGUGAUGCACGAGCUGGUUAUUCAUAGUGCCCUCAUCGCCCGUCUUGUACAUUGACUAUAGUGUCACAGGAGUUGCUGUCAUCUCAAGGAAUAUUAGGAAUCGUGGAGGCAAUCAAUGCAUCAGCAGAGGGGACUGAAGGGAGCAGGAGUUGAUGGACUGAUGGAGGGCGGCAUUCGUUUUUGUGUAAUUAAAUUAAAAGUGGAGUUUCCAAUCGAUUAUCAUUGAAAGAGGUGGUCUUAAGAAUGGCCUUUGAUGGAGAAGUGAUUAGUUUGGUCAGUCUUCUAGCAAUCCGAAUGCUGGAAUUAUAGAAACUGUGCAGUUGAGGAUUAGACCAGUCUGUUUAAUUUGUGUAGUUUCCUUGCUUU